AUGUCAACUACCUUUCCGGGACUAGUCCACGAUGCCGAGAUACGUCACGACGGAUCAAACAGCUACCGUUUGAUGCAGCUUGGCUGUCUGGAGUCCGUAGCCAAUUCCACUGUCGCCUAUUCCUCCUCCUCCCCUCUAACUUACUCCACCACCGGCACCGAGUUUGCGUCCCCCUACUUCUCCACUAACCACCAGUACACCCCGCUCCACCACCAGUCCUUCCAUUACGAGUUCCAGCACAGCCACCCGGCCGUCACCCCCGAUGCCUACUCUCUGAACUCGCUCCACCACUCGCAACAGUACUACCAGCAGAUCCACCACGGGGAGCCCACCGACUUUAUUAACCUGCACAAUGCGCGGGCGCUCAAGUCGUCCUGCCUGGACGAGCAGAGGCGGGAGCUGGGCUGCCUCGAUGCCUACCGCCGCCACGACCUGUCCCUCAUGAGCCAUGGCUCUCAGUAUGGAAUGCACCCAGAUCAAAGACUCCUGCCAGGGCCCAGCCUGGGGCUGGCCGCCGCGGGAGCCGACGACUUGCAGGGCUCUGUGGAAGCCCAGUGUGGUCUCGUUCUCAAUGGCCAAGGUGGAGUGAUAAGAAGAGGUGGCACCUGCGUGGUCAACCCCACAGACUUGUUUUGCUCUGUCCCCGGUCGUUUGUCCCUUCUCAGUUCUACUUCCAAAUACAAGGUGACCAUUGCUGAGGUGAAGAGACGCCUCUCACCACCUGAAUGCCUCAAUGCUUCACUCUUGGGAGGCAUUUUGAGAAGAGCAAAAUCCAAGAAUGGGGGUCGCUGCCUGAGGGAGAAGCUGGAUAGGCUUGGCCUGAACUUGCCAGCCGGAAGACGGAAAGCAGCCAAUGUUACCCUCCUCACUUCCUUAGUUGAAGGGGAGGCGUUACACUUGGCUCGAGAUUUUGGCUACACUUGUGAAACAGAGUUUCCAGCCAAAGCAGUAGGAGAACAUCUUGCCAGACAACACAUGGAACAGAAAGAACAGACAGCAAGAAAAAAGAUGAUCCUAGCGACCAAACAAAUUUGUAAAGAAUUUCAAGACCUCUUGAGCCAAGACAGAUCACCGCUGGGAUCCUCCAGACCCACUCCAAUUCUAGACCUUGACAUCCAGAGACACUUAACACAUUUCAGUUUGAUCACUCAUGGCUUUGGGACCCCAGCAAUAUGCGCAGCCCUAAGCACUUUCCAAACAGUCCUCAGUGAAAUGCUAAACUACUUGGAAAAACACACUACUCACAAAAAUGGCGGAGCGGCGGAUUCUGGCCAAGGACAUGGCACCUCGGAGAAAGCCCCCCUGCGGAAAACUUCAGAGGCUGCUGUGAAAGAGGGCAAAACAGAAAAGACAGACUAG